ACUUUCAUUUCUCUCUCAUACGCUCUGCUACUUUGAUCUCCCACCGAAACCCUCGUUCUUCUUCUUCUUCCUCCUAGACAGAUCGCUAAUGGCGGAGACUGAGACGUUCGCUUUCCAGGCUGAGAUCAACCAGCUUCUCAGUCUUAUCAUCAACACCUUCUACAGCAACAAGGAGAUUUUCCUUCGUGAGCUCAUUAGCAAUGCCUCUGAUGCUUUGGACAAGAUCCGAUUCGAAAGCUUGACAGACAAGAGCAAGCUUGCUGCUCAGCCGGAGCUGUUCAUCCAUAUCAUCCCUGACAAGACAAACAACACAUUGUCCAUUAUUGAUAGUGGUGUUGGGAUGACCAAAGCAGAUUUGGUGAACAACCUCGGUACCAUUGCAAGGUCUGGAACCAAAGAAUUCAUGGAAGCUCUGGCUGCUGGUGCGGAUGUGAGCAUGAUUGGUCAGUUCGGUGUUGGUUUCUACUCUGCCUAUCUUGUUGCUGAGAAGGUCAUUGUUACCUCUAAGCACAAUGACGACGAGCAGUACGUUUGGGAAUCCCAAGCUGGUGGGUCAUUCACUGUUACCAGGGACACAUCUGGUGAGAGUCUUGGCAGGGGAACUAAGAUAACUUUAUUCCUUAAGGAAGAUCAGCUUGAGUACCUUGAGGAACGACGCCUAAAGGACUUGAUUAAGAAGCAUUCUGAGUUUAUCAGCUACCCGAUUUCUCUCUGGGUUGAGAAGACAACUGAGAAGGAGAUUUCUGAUGAUGAGGACGAGGAAGAGAAGAAGGAAGAGGAAGGUAAGGUGGAGGAAGUAGACGAGGAGAAGGAAAAAGAGGAGAAGAAAAAGAAGAAGAUUAAGGAGGUGUCACAUGAGUGGUCCUUGGUGAACAAGCAGAAGCCUAUUUGGAUGAGGAAGCCUGAAGAGAUCACAAAGGAAGAAUAUGCUGCUUUCUACAAGAGUCUUACCAAUGAUUGGGAAGACCAUUUGGCUGUCAAGCACUUCUCUGUUGAGGGUCAGCUGGAAUUUAAGGCUAUCCUCUUUGUACCGAAGAGGGCUCCAUUUGAUCUCUUUGACACCAGAAAGAAACCCAACAACAUCAAGCUAUAUGUUCGCCGUGUGUUUAUCAUGGACAACUGUGAGGAGUUGAUCCCUGAGUAUCUUGGCUUCGUUAAGGGUAUCGUGGAUUCUGAGGAUCUUCCUCUCAACAUUUCUAGAGAAAUGUUGCAGCAAAACAAGAUCCUGAAGGUCAUCCGCAAGAACUUGGUUAAGAAGUGCAUUGAACUUUUCUUUGAAAUAGCCGAGAACAAGGAGGACUACAACAAGUUCUACGAGGCCUUCUCUAAGAAUCUCAAGCUUGGUAUCCACGAGGAUUCUCAAAACAAGGGCAAGAUUGCUGAAUUGUUGAGGUAUCACUCCACCAAGAGUGGUGACGAGAUGACUAGCCUCAAGGACUAUGUUACCAGGAUGAAGGAAGGGCAGAACGAUAUUUACUACAUCACUGGUGAAAGCAAGAAAGCAGUUGAGAACUCCCCCUUCUUGGAGAAACUGAAGAAGAAGGGUUAUGAGGUGCUGUUCAUGGUUGACGCCAUUGAUGAAUAUGCUGUUGGACAGCUCAAAGAAUUCGAGGGCAAGAAACUCGUCUCAGCAACAAAGGAGGGUCUUAAGCUAGAUGAGAGCGAGGACGAGAAGAAGAAGAAGGAAGAACUCAAGAACAAAUUCGAUGGUCUCUGCAAGGUGAUGAAGGAUGUCUUGGGAGACAAGGUUGAAAAGGUUGUGGUGUCUGACCGUGUUGUCGAUUCACCCUGCUGUCUGGUAACUGGUGAAUAUGGAUGGACAGCCAACAUGGAAAGAAUCAUGAAGGCACAGGCCUUGAGAGAUAACAGCAUGGCUGGUUACAUGUCAAGCAAGAAGACAAUGGAGAUCAACCCUGAGAAUCCCAUCAUGGACGAGCUGAGGAAGCGUGCUGAUGCUGACAGGAAUGACAAGUCCGUGAAGGACCUUGUCCUGUUGCUCUUUGAGACUGCCCUCCUCACCUCUGGUUUCAGCCUUGACGAUCCCAACACAUUCGGAAACAGGAUUCACAGGAUGUUGAAACUUGGUCUGAGCAUUGACGAGGAUGCAGGUGAUGGUGAUGCUGACAUGCCCCCAUUGGAGGAAGCCGAUGCUGAUGCUGAGGGAAGCAAGAUGGAGGAAGUUGAUUAAAUUACUUUUUAAUUACGUUUACAAGUUCUAUGCCAUUAGCGUUUGUAGCGAUCCAGACAAUUCUAUCCCUAUCUUUUUCAAUUUUUGUUCUCUUCUGGAAUGUUUUCUGUUUUGUUUUGCAAUGGUAGAAGUAUUGCGCCUGCAUUUUGCUCGGCUAAUUGCUUAUUUUCUCUUUUG